AUGGGACUCUUCAAUAGACGCGCCAGAGCUCCCGCUCGCAGACCUACAACCAACAAGAACAUGGGCGAAAAGACACGGGGGUCGUCUGGUAGUACUCCUAACGAUGGAGUGCUUCCACAAUUCAAUCAUAACGGUGACGAAAUUACACGAGGUAUUCAUCCAGACGGUGAGAGUGGCCGUCGUGGAGUCCAUCCCGUCCAGUUUUUCCGCAUUAUAUGGAAGUCGUCCUGCACAGUCUCCAGCUGGGUCAAUGUGCUUUGGCCAUUCGUCCCAGCCGCCAUUGCUCUCCAUUUCAUCCACGGGGACCAUCACCUCUGGACCUUCGCCAUCAACUACAUUGCCAUGAUCCCAGCUGCCAAUCUCCUGGGGUUUGCGGGACAAGAAUUCGCGAGGAAGUUACCCAAGGUGGCCGGCAUCAUCAUCGAGACUACUCUUGGGUCAGUCGUUGAGAUUGUCCUCUUCAUGGUGUUGAUUGCGAAGGACAACGGAACUGGUGAAGCCGGGCAUGGGAAUAAGAUUCAGGUCAUCCAAGCCGCCAUUCUCGGUUCUAUCCUCACCAACCUCUUGUUAUGCCUGGGCUCCUGCUUUUUGAUUGGCGGUCUCAAGCAUAAAGAACAGCGAUUUCACGCUGCCAUCAGCGAAGUCGGGUCUGGGCUCAUCCUCGUGGCAGGAUUUGCUCUCAUGAUUCCAUCCGCCUUCUUCUCCUCCCUCAUUGGCAGCACGAGUACCGGAGGUGAAGGCUAUACCGAGGAACGACUCCGCAGCAACACCUUGAGCAUCAGUCAUGGUGUCUCCAUCAUCCUUAUGGUGUCGUUCAUGCUGUACUUGCUUUACAACUGUGUCUCACACGACAACAUUUUCGCCGAAGUCCUCGAGGCCGAUGAAGAAGCCGACCGAGACAGGCAUAUUGAUUUGGCGAAGGCCAAGUUGACCAUGACGGAGUGUUUGCUGGCCAUUGUUCUGGCAUUGGCCCUGAUCUCCCUGAUUGCAGUCUUCCUUGUGGAAGAGAUUGAGUAUGUGGUAGAGCACGGAAUUCCCGACAACUUCUUGGGUUUGAUCCUGGUGCCGCUGGUCGAAAAGGCUGCCGAGCAUCUUACUGCUGUUGAUGAAGCCUAUGACAACCAAAUUAACUUUGCACUCUACCAUUGUCUUGGACCCUCGAUCCAGACGGCUCUCUUCAACGCUCCGCUCGUGGUCAUUGUUGGCUGGGGGCUCGGCAAACCAAUGGAUCUCAACUUUGAGAUUUUCCAGGUGGUGCUUCUGAUUGUGGCCAUCUUAGUGGUGGGCAACUUCCUGAGAGAUGGAUCCUCCAACUAUCUUGAGGGCGGGCUUCUCGUGAUCGUCUACAUUAUCAUUGCUGUCACAGCGUGGUACUAUCCCAAUGCCGAACUGACAUCCUCCAACGGACGCGCCUCAACCGAGAGCGGUGGUGAAGGCACUGAGGCGCUGGCCAGUAUUGCGAAGAUGUUGAUGUCGUGA